UUGUGCCUGGCAGCUGCCAGCGAGCCUCCAGCCCUGGCCUUGGCACCAGCCCUGGCACCGCCCCGCAGGAGCACUCCUGGAGCAGCCAUGGCCGAGCGUGGGAGCAGCGUGGACAGGAAGGCAGAAAUGAACGGCAGCCUGUCCAGCAGCCCCGAGGAGAUGUCGGCCGAGGAGGGCCGCGAGACCUCCUCGGGCAUCGAGGUGGAGGCCUCGGACCUGAGCCUGAGCCUGACCGGGGACGAGGCGGGGCCCAGCCGCGGCAGCCCCGGCGGCGCCGGCACCGAGAGCUCCGGCGAGGAGAAGGACUCGGACAGCAUGGAGGACACCGGGCGCUGCUCCCUCACCGAGGAGAGCCGCGGCCCCGAGCGCUCCCACUCCGAGGAGGACGAGGAGGAGGAGGAGGAGGAGGAGGAGGAAGAGGAGGAGGAGGAGGAGGAGGCGGAGCGCUCCCCGCGCCGCGCCCCGCGCCGCCGCGCCCCCCGCGAGGACUCCUCCGAGGACGAGCAGGCGCUGGAGGCCUGGGCGGCCGCCGAGACCUCGGCGCUGCCGCGGCCGCGCUGGCAGGCGGUGCGGGCGCUGCGGCAGCGCCAGCUGGGCUCCGGCGCCCGCUUCGUGCCCCAGGCCUGCGGCGCCCGCGGGCUGGUGCAGCGCUUCCGCCUGCAGCACGGCCUGGAGGGCCACGGCGGCUGCGUCAACACCCUGCACUUCAACCAGAGCGGCGCCUGGCUGGCCAGCGGCAGCGACGACCUCAAGGUGGUGGUGUGGGACUGGCUGCGCCGCCGGCCCGUGCUCGACUUCGAGAGCGGCCACAAGAGCAACGUCUUCCAGGCCAAGUUCCUGCCCAACAGCGGCGACUCCACGCUGGCCAUGUGUGCCCGCGACGGGCAGGUGAGGGUGGCAGAGCUCUCUGCCACCCAGUGCUGCAAGAACACCAAGAGGGUGGCACAGCACAAGGGAGCCUCGCACAAGCUGGCCCUGGAACCAGACUCCCCUUGCACCUUCCUGUCGGCAGGGGAGGAUGCAGUGGUGUUCACCAUCGACCUGCGCCAGGACCGCCCUGCCUCCAAGCUGGUGGUGACCAAGGAGAAGGAGAAGAAGGUUGGGCUCUACACCAUCUACGUCAACCCUGCCAACACCUUCCAGUUCGCCGUGGGGGGCAGGGACCAGUUCGUCAGGAUCUACGACCAGAGGAAGAUCGACGAGAACGAGAACAACGGAGUGCUGAAGAAGUUCUGCCCACACCACCUGGUGAGCAGCGAGUCCAAGGCCAACAUCACCUGCCUGGUGUACAGCCACGACGGCUCCGAGCUCCUGGCCAGCUACAACGAUGAGGACAUUUACCUCUUCGACUCCUGCCACAGCGACGGUGCCCAGUACCUGAAGCGCUACAAGGGGCACCGCAACAACGCCACCGUCAAGGGAGUGAACUUCUACGGCCCCAAGAGCGAGUUCGUGGUGAGCGGCAGCGACUGCGGCCACAUCUUCCUGUGGGAGAAGUCCUCCUGCCAGAUCGUGCAGUUCAUGGAGGGGGACAAGGGAGGAGUGGUGAACUGCCUGGAGCCCCACCCCCACCUCCCGGUGCUGGCCACCAGCGGCCUGGACCACGACGUCAAGAUCUGGGCCCCCACGGCAGAGAACCCCACGGAGCUGGCAGGCCUCAAGGAGGUGAUCAAGAAGAACAAGCUGGAGCGGGACGAGGACAGCCAGCACCACACCGACAUGUUCGACAGCCACAUGCUCUGGUUCCUGAUGCACCACCUGCGGCAGCGGCGGCACCACCGGCGCCGCCGGGAGCCAGGGGCGGCGGAGGGAGACUCAGACUCCUCCCCGAGCUCCUCGGACAGCUCUGACGAUGAGGAGGAGGGUCCGGACCGCGUGCAGUGCAUGCCCUCAUGAG